CCACUCCCCUACUCUCGCCUCGCCUCGCCUCGCCUUCUCGAACAGCACGAGCGCGCAGACUCGGAGCAGCGUGUCCGUCCGUCCUUGCACUGUCCGCAGCCUCGCCCCAUCUCCCACCCCGGGCCGGGCCUUCAAAUCCGCGGCCGCGCCAUCCGCUCAGCUCCGGAGCCGCUUCCCCGGUCCGGUCCUUGCAUUGCUCGAGGCGGCGCCGCGCUGGUCGCCUCCGUGCCCUCCGCCGUGUUCCUGGGCGCUCAUUUACUUCCGCUGCUCUUCUGUUCUGCCUCUGUGGGCGUUUCUUUAUGGUCCGGGGCGGUUAACUGCUUUCGGGCAUUGAUCUGCCGAGCUGAGCUGCGGGUUUGGUUCGUGAGGGAGGAGCCCGUUUUGGACUCUCUGAAAGCCCCCGCAUUUGAUCGAGGCCUUGCUCAGUUUCUUUCCUUCACCGUCAGCGAUUUCUUGUGCUGGCGGUGCUGGCAAGAGCUUUCCUGCAUCUGUGCUCGUGGUUUUGUUCCUCAAUCCUGAAGGUUUCUGCUCCGUCCGCUUCUGUUCUUCAUCUUUUCCCCACAGGCCAGUGUGAUCUCUCAAAUUUUUCCUAUCCCCCUUCGUUUUCUUGUGUUGGAUUCUUGUCCGAAAGAUUGCAUUUUGGAGUCUUCCCAAAUAGUUCUAGGGAAUUCUCUGGCUCGUUAGCCGGCCCAUAGUUUGGAAAAGCAAGGGCCAGUCUGGUCUACUUCGUUUCACAAAAAGGGGGAAAAUUAGGUAGCAGAAUCCGGUUCUCCCCUGAUUCUGUUCGGAGGUACUGUUUGAGAGGAAGUAAAAGCGCCCACGUUUGGAGGCUUCGAGGAGUGGGGGAGACUCAUCCCUUGGAGCUAGCUGCAUGAGGAAGCACUGAGACAAUGAGAGAUGACAAUUCAAGCAAGAACAAGCUAUCCUGGUCCAGGACCCUUGUUAGGAAGUGGUUCAACAUCAAAACAAAGGCGAAGGACUUCCAUUCGGAUUAUGUGGCCGAGGAAGUCGGAGUGCAGUGGAGGACCAGUUUCUCUGAUAGAGAUGCUUGCAAAUCCAAGAAAAGCAGGACAGAGAGGUUGCCUAAGAGGAAUGCAGAUCGGGAUGGUAGACUAGGAAAUGGAUUUGACGGUGCUUAUAUCACAAACACACAGGACUACAGGGUCUUCGUUGCUACAUGGAAUGUGGGCGGAAGGGCACCAUCUAGUCAUUUGAAUCUGGAGGACUGGCUUCAUACUUCUCCUGCUGCUGAUAUAUAUGUGAUAGGGUUUCAGGAAAUUGUUCCCUUGAAUGCUGGUAAUGUUCUAUUGACUGAAGACAACGGUCCAGCAAAGAAAUGGGUUUCCCUUGUUAGGAAAACUCUAAAUAAUCUUGAUCAACAAAGCACUGGUGUCUACAAUUACCACACCCCUUCACCGGCUCCAGAUCCUAUUGUGGAGCUCAAUGUGGACUUUGAGCGAUCAUCAAGAAGACAAAGGAACUCGUCAUUCUUCCAUCGACGUUCAUUCCAGUCCUUCAAUCGUAGUUCAAGGAUUGACAUGAUGGAUCCACACUCGUUAGUGGACCGUCGUUUCAGUGUUUGCGACCGUAUUAGCUUCGGGAGCAGGCCAAGUGAUGUUGACACUAGUAUGAGAUGUGGUGGGUCAUCUGAUGAUGAGAAUAUUGACGAGGAAUCCCCUAGUGGUAUAUUCUUCCCACCAAUGCCAGGUGGAUAUGGUGCUCCACUAUGCACUGAUUCUAGGUAUUGCUUAGUUGCCAGCAAGCAAAUGGUUGGAAUUUUUCUCAUGGUGUGGGUACGGAGUGAUAUAAGGGAACAUGUGAAGAACUUGAAGGUUUCAUGUGUUGGUAGAGGCCUGAUGGGCUAUCUUGGAAACAAGGGGUCGAUAUCAAUCAGUAUGUCUCUGCAUCAGACAAGCUUCUGCUUUGUGUGCACUCACUUAACAUCAGGCCAAAAGGAUGGUGAUCAACUUAGACGAAAUGCAGAUGUAGUGGAAAUUUUGAGGAAGACCAGAUUUCCGCAUGUUCAUGGAGCAGGUGACGAGAAGUCACCUGAGACAAUUCUUGAUCAUGAUCGUAUUAUUUGGUUUGGGGAUCUUAAUUACCGGAUAGCUCUUUCCUACCGCUCAGUGAAGGCUUUAGUUGAGAUGCACAAUUGGAAACAGUUAUUGGAAAAGGACCAGCUUCGCAUAGAGCAAAGAUUUGGUCGGGUCUUUGCAGGCUGGAAAGAAGGGCGAAUUUACUUUCCUCCCACAUAUAAAUACUCGUACAACUCUGAUAGAUAUGCUGGCGAUGAUAUGCAUCCAAAUGAGAAGCGAAGAACACCGGCAUGGUGCGACCGGAUUCUAUGGUAUGGACGAGGUCUAAACCAACUAUGUUACGUGCGUGGCGAGUCUCGGUUCUCGGAUCACAGACCUGUGUACAGCAUUUUCACAGCAGAGGUUCAGAUUCCGAGCCAAUCUCAGUUCAGUGGCAUUACACGUUCUGCUUCUCUUCUGGGAGUAGACGAACUACGAUACCCAACUUAUCCACGCAGUUACAUGGAUAUAAACUUUUACUGAUUGUGCAUCUCAAUGGAGGCAGCCAAGACCUUCCUCGUUACGUGCACCUUCUGAUGACUGACUGAAGUUCAUUCCUCCCAAGAUUCCAUGGGCUGGAAUGUUUGUUGCUAACAGAUACUCAAGGAGAGUCUUUCUGAUUGUAAGAUUAGUAAUUAUUUGCACAGUUCGAAGCUAACCGUCCACGAGUCCCGAUUUACAAAAAAAGGAGUGUUUUUGUGUCCAAGAUGAGCUAAAGACUAACAUUGUGAAGGUAAUUUGCAUGAUGCGUUUGGAUUACCCCCUUCAUGACACAAUUCUUCCUUUUUUUUUCCUUCUCCCCAUAGCUGUCUGAGCUCGGAAGGAGGCCUGCUGUUUUCUCCUUUUUGUUUGUUUUCGCUUUACAAAAAAGGAGUGUUUUUCUGGCCUCCUGAUGUAACAAGAGGAGCCGCUCUGCCGGCUCGAUCAAAUUCAUUUUUAGUCGAAAUGAAAUGAUGGCUUGUACAGCAAACUGCACCUGGUAACUUUCUUCCACGCCCAUCGCAAUCGGGAUUCCCUGACUUGCUGAAGGCGUGAAUGGA